UCCAAGCGCGGAUGCUCUGGGACUUCCUACUCCUAACAUCAAUCUUAGGUUACCAGUGUGACUUUAAUGAUUUUCACCCGAGUUUCUUCAUAGACAUUUUUUUGUUUGGAGCUGGAAUUCUUCGCAGGCUCAAUAUGAAGAGUACACGGCUUUCUGGCGUGUGUUAUCAUUUAGGAUAGGCAAAGAAAUACCUUCAGUAUGGAGACAUUCCUACCAACUGGAAACUGAAACAAACCGAUUUUCUGCAAUGUCAACGCUGAUAUUUAUGCCAUUCCUUCUCCUGGGGUUGAGAGUAACUGAGACAGCCACAGAAACAUGGAGGCAAUGUACAGGUUCGCUUCCCCUGGAUCUUCUAUCUUUUGUCCUUGAGAGGGACCCAUCCAAACUUGUGCCGGGGGUGCACAUGAAGCAGGCCGGCGGGGUGAGGGGGAUUCAUUUCUCAAGCCCUGAUACCGCACUGAGCUUUCCCUCCUCCCAGAUACUGGUGAACUGUGACCUCUUCCCCAAGGAAUUCUCCAUCGUUCUGACAUUAAAAGUCACCGACGGUGCACCCAAGGGGAAUGAAUAUGUGUUUUCUCUGAUGGGGCCGAAAGGACGACCAGUGGAUCAGAACAAAGAGGAGAACGAUGGAGGCAGCAGCUUGAAAAGCAAUAAAGAGUCAAGUAUCACCGGAGAAGAGCAACACAGUCAGAAGACGAGAGUCAAAAGUGAUGGACGCCUCAUUCUUGGACUUAAAUUCUCGGGAAAGCGUCUGCACUUCCUUUAUAAAGGUCACAGAGGGGUUGUAGAGCACUGGGAGUUUCGAGGCACCCAGCUGGCUGACAGCCAGUGGCACACUCUUGUUUUAGCCAUUGGUAGUCAUCACGUGAAGCUCACAGUGGAUUGCAGCUCACCAGUGGAAAUCAUUCCCUCCAGGCCUUUCCCUUCAGACCUCAACAUUCAGGGAUCCAGAUUCCACAUUGGUAGUCGGGGGUUGUGGAAGGGCUUGUUUUCAGGUCUAAUGCGACAGCUGGUUUUGGUGCCAGGCUCAGAUGCUACCCAUCAGAUCUGCCCCUCUUCUGACCCCCAGCUAGCAGCUCUGUCAGUACCACCACUGUUUUUAGACCUGCCAGCCACAGGAGCAGAAGAUGAUAGACAUGUGAAUACCCAUGAAACUGAAGCUAGAGUGUCUGUGGGCUUGGAGAAGUCAUGCUCGGAGCAGCUACAGGGCCAGCUGUGGUUUAAUCCCCUCAAAAAGGGCCUCUACCUCUGUGACAGUACAGUUUGGAUCACUGUGUUAGAGGAUCGCAAAAGGCUGGACUAUGUGCUGGAACAUCAGGUGCUCACCACCAGCUCAGAGACCCACGACAUAGAGCUGUUCCAGGUACCUGGUAUGGGUCUGAUGGCUGCUAUGGCCCAUCGGUCGGCAUCUGGCUCUGCUGUGUAUCUCUGGACUAAAACAGGUUUCCAACUCUAUCAGAAUAUCAGCACCAAUGGAGCCCUGGCUUGGAGGCAUUUCAGCAUGGGCAAUAAGAUAUAUCUGGUGGUGUCUAAUUCUGGGGGAGACAGGCGAUUUAACAAAGAGUCAGAGGCGGACUUUUCUGUGAUUUACAAGUGGAGCAAAAGGAGAAAAAGAUUUGUGCAGUUCCAGACUCUGCAGACUCACUGUGCCCGAGACUGGGAGGCAUUUAAUAUAGAUGGACAUACAUAUCUUGCUGUCGCUAAUCAUAGACAAGGUGACAAGAAUCACACUAUAGACAGUGUGAUAUACAGGUGGAACAGAUUAUCAAAGUCUUUUGAGGUCCACCAGAUGCUCCAGACUUCAGGGGCGUACGACUGGGAGUUCUUCACUGUCGGACCUUACUAUUUCCUGGUGGUCGCCAAUGCUUUUGAUGGCGUGACCACUUCUUUAGACUCCGUCAUCUACGUUUGGGUGAAUGGAAACUUCCAGGUGUUCCAGAAAAUUAAGACGUUCUGUGCCACAGACUGGGAAAUGUUCCAGAUUGACAGCAGAGUUUUUUUGGUUGUUGCCAAUGGACACAGACUCCAUGGUAAUGGACCGAGUCAGUACACCAUUAACUCCACUAUCUAUGAACUGGACAUGAGUGCACAGCUGUUUGUCCGCUUCCAGGACAUUGUCACCUACAGUGCAGUGGAUUGGGAGUUCUUCAGCCUCGGGCAGGAAUAUUUUCUGGUUGUUGCUAACUCCUUCAAUGGAGAAUCCUACUCUCUCAACAGCAUUCUCUACAGGUGGCAGGGAUAUGAAGGAUUCGUUCCUGUUCAUUGGCUGCCAACGAUCGGGUGCAGUGACUGGGAAUUUUUCAGUGCUAAAGGAGAAUCAUAUUUAAUCUACUCCAGUGCGAAGGCACCACUCUCCAAAGUGUUCAUGCUGAAAACCUACUAGACAAACAAACAAAAAAAGUGUGGCUUUGUGUCCUGCAUUUGUGUAAUUGUACACAAUCUAUCACGUAUGAAAAUAAUUUGCAAAAGGUCAUUUAAAAAGGUCAUUUAAUGGUUAAAUUAAUUAUUGAAAUUUUAUUGACUUUUUAAAUUAUUGUCUGCUCAGAAAUUCCCUCAGGGUGUUGGCUGGGGUACCUUUGCAGUGAUCAGCCCUGCAUACAGUCACCCUCCGCACAGUGAUAUGUUAACAACUGAUGUACCUCAUUUUAACACAAAAAAAUCAC